CCACACAUGCUGGCCUCGCCUACCUUCUCCCCACCUCUCCCAGACUUCCACCCUGAGUGUUUGCACUCAAGCAACUGUUUGCCUUGAUCCUCCCUGUUGCUGGGUGGUCUCUGCCUAUCUUCUGGGGCCAGCUGCAGAGUCGCCUCCCCAGGUCACCAUCCCUGGAUGUGCUGUCCCCACCCCAGGUAGAUCUCUGAACUUAGGAGCCCACAGGCCGGGAAGCAGUGUCUUGAGGAUUUGCCUGUGUUUUUCUCAUCCACAAUCUGGACACACGCAAAAUAAGUCCACCCAUCCUGGCAUUUUCAACGCUUCUACAAGAGUUUGUGGGAGUGUGGCUCGGGCUCCUCUGCCUGCCCCAGCAUGCCAUGGCAGCCAGGCUCUGUCUGCAGUGUAGCAGAGACUCACCUUCCCUGCCCCCACCACAUCCAUCCUGAAUCCCACCACUCCUCUGCCCUGGCCACUGUCCUUCCACCCCCAGGGUCCCCCCCCAUAGGUCUCUGGGCCUGUAUCCUUGCUCCUUCCCCAUGGUGAGCCCCCUGCUCCUUCCCCACCGCAGGCUCUUCCCACCAUGACUAGCCUGUUUUCAUUCCCCAGCUGAAAUGUCACCUUCUUAAAGGAGCUUUCCCAUGACCUGGCUGUUUGCUCCAAGAACAAUGUGAAGAUGUCACGUCUUGGUUCAUACGUUUCCUGUGUGAACAUCAGGAGGAAAGGGACCUGUGUCUGUCCUCUUCCUCGGUAUCUGAAUGAGAUGGGGUAUGUGUGACUGGUGAACAUGACCUUAAAUAAAUGUGAGGUUCUCUCUCAGCCUCAGCGUCCUGCCCUCUCCCUCACUGCAGCGCCUUCCUCCACCUGCCCCAACCCCAGCUGCCUGAAAUGGGCAAAAGUCUUGCCCCAGAAACUGGGAGGAGUGCUCAGGCUCAUCACCCUUCCAUUCACACUCACCCCGGCUCUGCCCAGCCACCCACACAGCGCCUCCUCCCCACCGCCCUGCGGAGCCCUUCCCAGGUGCUUGCAGAGGAGCCACCAGCUCCCAGGUGACCAGACUAGCGCCACGCUAUGGGGGGUCUGAGGCCCUGGGCCCGGUACAUGCUCCUAGUUGUGGCCCACCUGCUGGCCAUGGGGCUUGGGGCUGUGGUACUCCAGGCCUUGGAGGGCCCCCCAGCGCUGCAGCUCCAGACCCAGCUCCAGGCCGAGCUGGCUACCUUCCAGGCAGAUUAUGGGGCCUGCCUGCCACCUGGAGCACUGGAAGAGCUACUGGGCGUGGCCUUGAGAGCACAAGCCCACGGAGUCUCCAGCCUGGGCAACAGUUCUGAGGCCAGCAACUGGAAUCUGCCCUCGGCCCUCCUCUUCACUGCCAGCAUCCUCACCACCACGGGUUAUGGCCACAUGGCCCCACUAUCGGCAGGAGGAAAGGCCUUCUGUGUGGUCUAUGCAUCCCUGGGGCUGCCAGCCUCCCUAGUUCUUGUGGCCACCCUGCGCCACUGCCUGCUGCCUGUGCUUAGCUGCCCAGGUACCUGGGUAGCAGCCCGCUGGCAGCUGGCACCAGCACAGGCUGCACUGCUGCAGGCAGCAGGACUGGGCCUGUUGGUGGCCUGCAUCUUUGUGCUACUGCCAGCACUGGUGCUGUGGGGUCUGCAGGGUGACUGCAGCCUACUGGAGGCCAUCUACUUCUGCUUUGGCUCACUCAGCACCAUCGGGCUGGGGGACUUGCUGCCCAGUCAAGGUCAUGGCCUGCAUCCAGCAAUUUACCACCUUGGCCAGCUCGCACUUCUUGGUUACUUGCUCUUAGGGCUCCUGGCCAUGCUGCUGGCGGUGGAGACCUUUUCAGAGCUGCCACAGGUCCGUGCCAUGGUGAAGUUCUUUGGGCCCAGUGGCUCGAUGACCCCUGAGGACCAAGGUGGCAUCCUGGGCCAGGAUGAGCUGUCUCUGAGCACCCUGCCUCCUGAUGCCCCAGCUGCAGGACAGGCACCAGCUUGCUGA